AUGAAUCCUAAAUAAAUAACAUGUUUAAUAUAUAAUGAGGAAGAGAUUGUAGAAAAAUAAUUUCAAAAAGAUUUUUAAGUAAUUUAAAAAGAAUUGUAGAGUAUAAAUAAUGAUGAUUAGUGGAUGUUGUUUGAUUACCAUAGUGACUUAGGUAUUGAUAAACAAAAUUUUUCUUCAAGUUAGAAAUUAAUUGCUUUAUAAAAAAACCAUAUUUCAUUGUUAAUUAAAGAGAAUAUUGAACAUAAAUAACUAAGGAAAGAAUUUGAUGAACUGUAAAAAAAAUACCAAAAAACAGAAUAAUAAGCAUAAAAAUAUAAACUUUUCUAAAAAAAUCUAGAAACUAGUUAUUUAAACCUACAAAAUCUAAUUUAAGAUAAAGAAGAUUUACAAAAAUAAAUUCAGCUACUUGAAAGAGAAAAUGAAAAAUUAUUUAAUAUAUAAGAGAAAAAUUGUAAAAUAAAUGAGAGCCAUGAAGCAACAAAAAAAUAAAUUAAAGAAUUAAACUAAGGAUUAUGUGAAAAGAUUGGAACUUUAGAACAAGAAAAAUCUAAUUUAUCUCUUUAGAUUGAAUAUUUAGAAAUGGAAAAGUAAGAUUAAACAAAGGAAAUCUCCAAUCAAAUUUAAUAGAUUUAUUCUUUACAAAAAGAAAAAUCUAAUCUAUUCGAUUAGAUUAAAUCUUUAGAAACAGAAAAAUCGGAAUAAUCAAAAGAAAUCUCCAAUCAAUUUUAAUAGAUUUAAUCUUUACAAAAAGAAAAAUCUAAUUUAUUGGGUGAGAUUAAAUCUUUAGAAAUGGAAAAUCAUGGGCAAUCUAAAACAAUAUCCAAUCAAUUUUAAUAGAUUUAAUCUUUACAAAAAGAGAAAUCUAAUUUAUUUUGUUAGAUUAAAUCUUUAGAAAUAGAUAAAUCUGAAUAAUCAAAUGAUAUACACAUUCCAUCAUUAUAGAAUUCAUAUCUAAUACAAUUUUCAUAAGACUAAACUUCAAUUUCUUCACAUGAUCAAACAUAUAAACAAAAACUUGAAUAACAACUUGAGAGCUUUUACUAUAAUGACGAAUUUUACCAAAAGAAUAAUAAUAAUAAGAACUAAACCAAAUUUUUAGAUUAAUUGCUUAAAAAAACAUGUGAAAAUAAAAACAAAAUAGAUCUAAUAGAAAAAAAUAAGGAUCAUUUCAAAUUCAGUAUAUAACAAAUAUCCUUAAAUAUGGAUAAAUUUAUUGAAUCUAUUAAUAAUUAAAAUUUAUUUUACCAACCUUCAUUUAUAGAGAAAGGGGUUGAAUAAGACUUAUCAGAAAUAGGAUUUAAUGUUUUAAAGAAAGGAUAAAUUUGGUCUAUGAAAAAGAUGAAAGACUAUAAAAUAACUCUAAAUAACGAAUAGCAAGCACUAGAUAUAAUAAAUAAUUAAUUAAUAGUAAAAGGGUUUUUGUAAUUAUACAAGGAAGAUCUGAAUAAGAUUAAAGAAUUUGAAUGCAAAUAGUAAUAAUUUGAUUUAAAAUUUCCGAAAUAGUAUUUAAUUAAGGAUGAUAAUAAUUAAUAUUAUAUAUGUGAGCAAACAGUUGAAAACUAAGAAAAUAAAAUUUAUGAAGUGUUUAAUUAAGGAACAUUGGUUCAUUAAUACAUAAGUGCGUUAAUUUUGUAUUUCUAUUAUUCUACGAAUAAAAAUUGUGUGAUUACAAAAUAUGAAUUAAAUUAAAACUAAGAAAAUUAAGAUUUAAUACUUUCAAAUACGAUUAUCAGCUCUAAUUACUCUUAAAUAUUAUCUUUAUUAGACGAAGGAUAAAACACAGUAGAUAAAUUUAAAGAUAAAUUAAAACAGAUGCCUAAAGGAGCAUUUUAACACUUUUGGACUGAAGAAUUGUAUAAAAUGGCCUAAAAUUAAUGGGAAAAUUAAAAAUGA